AGUUGCGACAUUAUAUUACAAUAAAUUUUAUAGACAUAAUAUCAAAAAAAUGUAUUAACAAAUGUUAUGUAGGCAUUUAUUAAAUAAUUGAUUACAAUCAAGUUGUGAUUCUUAUGUUUUUAUUAUUAGCUUACGUGGAAUACGGACUUUUUUUUGUAAAAUUAUUUUCAACCAGUUUUUGAGUAUUUGAGGUCAUUAACUCAAUUUGUUUCGUCACACUACAGCCCACCGGCGUUUUCUCCCAUUCUACCUGUCGCGAAGAAUUUCCCGUGACGUAAAAUUAUUCUUCAUCAUUAAAUGAGAAAGUAAGAUUAACGGUAAUAUCAUAAAAUAACUGUGAAAUCCCCAACCAUUUAAUUACUUAACUAACUACUGUCGCAAAAAUGCAGCGCUACUUAACAAUUUUCACGAAUCUCGAGCAAACCAUGCCCGAAAAACCCCUGAUUCUUAUUUUCCUGUUAAAUACAGCUCACAUUUCUUUGUUGUGAGCAAACAAAACCUUGAAUUUCAAAUUAUACCAGUCGAAGCCACCACGAAUUCACUCCGACACGUGAAUCAUAAAUAAACUUGUUGGUAAACCCGCUAAUGCUACGCAAACAGUGAAGCUUUUUAACAUCAACAUCAGUGAGAUUCAUUCAGUUCCAAAUUUACCACGAGACAAGACCAGUGUGUUGGUGCCAGUGAUGAGUUCACAUCAUACAAAUCAUUCCGAUAGAGUGCACACGCGGUCUCCUUUGCCUUCAAGAAGGGAUCGAAGGGAGGCUGAUGUGUCCCCGAAUGGGGAAAGAGUGCCUUUAGUGAAAAUACAUGAUGAAAAGCCGCCUUUAGCGGGUCCUGAAACGGAUGAUGAUUUGGACGAUGACCGGGAAACUGUCUCUAAACCGUAUCCAGGAGUGGAUGAUGGAUUUUUUAACGGGGACGGAAAAGAUAAUAGCGGAAACGAGGGAGAUUUUCCGGUAAUUACGUCACGUGCGGGUCCGGAUGGCGGAAGUGAAAACCCGGAUGAAGUUGAUGGUCCUAGAAAACCGGACUCGCAACCCGGAAGAUUUCCCUACGCUCCCAAUUUUGGACCGGAUUUAGAAGUCGGGAGUAUUGUUCCAGAUUUGGAUUCAAUCCCAGAUGUGAAUGUGUACCAACACAAGAAAACUCUAGCUCAAGGAAUGAUGGAUUUAGCUUUAUUCUCAGCUAAUGCCAAUCAAUUGCGAUAUGUUUUGGAAAGUUUUAAUAGACACCCAUACUAUUAUCCCAGUAUAGUUCUGAUCUCAUUUAGCUUAAUUUUUCAAGUCGCUGUUGGCAUAGGACUUAUUUGGAAUUCACGAUACAAUGUAAAAGAUGAUAAACAAAUUUGUAUUGCUAAUAGGAUAAACAAUUUUACCAUUAUUGGAAUAUUUUUAGUAACUGUUAUAAAUGUAUUUAUUUCUGCAUUUGGUGUGGCAAACGCGCCGACAACUUGAAAGAAUUUGAUUUUAUCUUUCUUGUGUUUUUGUACCCUUUUUGUUAUAUUGAAUCGUGAUAUUGAAGUCUGGUAAAAUGUGCUUUACAAGGAAAUUUUAUUUUUCUUACAUUUUAAACUACAUAUUAUUUAUGUUUUGUACUAAGGCAUUUAACAGAAAUGUUUUAGAUUAAGUUUAGUUUUUUUUUAUUUAUUAUUUUUUUAUAUCUUGUCAUACAUAAUAAUAAAAAUAUAUUUUAUUAUAAAAUUGUCCUUAUAGUAUCAUCUCCGAGUUCCUGUUUUGUUUACAGAUAAGUUUAGCAGUUCUAAUGUAAUGUAAAUAUUUUCAAGGAUAAAAACAAUAAUAGCGUGCUACUAAAAUUUAUUGCGGUUUUUUGGUUUCAAUUUGUUAUUAAAUAAAAUUUUAUCGUAAUAAAACUGUUCUAAUUCAUA